GGGGAGGCGCCGCCGCGCAGGCAGGCAGGGAGGCAGGAGAGGAGGCAGGAAGGCAAGGAGGCAGGCAGGCAGGCAGCCCCGCGGAGGCACCGCGGCAGGCGGGACACCAUGAUCCUCACACAAAUCGAGGCCAAGGAAGCUUGUGACUGGCUGCGGGCUGCCGGGUUCCCGCAGUACGCACAGCUUUAUGAAGAUCUUCUUUUUCCAAUUGACAUCGCUCUGGUCAAGCGAGAGCAUGACUUUCUGGACAGAGAUGCUAUUGAGGCCUUAUGCAGGCGCUUAAAUACUUUAAACAAAUGUGCUGUGAUGAAGCUAGAAAUUAGUCCCCACAGGAAAAGGAGUGAAGAUUCAGAUGAAGAUGAACCAUGUGCAAUAAGUGGCAAAUGGACUUUUCAGAGGGACAGCAAGAGGUGGUCGAGACUUGAAGAGUUUGAUGUGUUCCCUCCAAAAUCGGACUUGAAUAACCCCUCCCCAGAAGCUCCUCACCUCAGUAAUGCAGCAAGCCACGAGAGCGUUCUGACAGACCUCAGUGAACGCCAGGAGGUGGCUUCCAUCCUGAGUAUCAGCAGCACCAGCAGCCACCAACCAACCCUGCAGAGUGAGGCCUCUACCACCAGGACAAACUCCGUCGUGAGUGUUUGUUCUUCCAGCAAUUUCAUAGCAAACGAUGACUCAUUCAGCAGCCUUCCCUCACCCAGGGAGCUGAAUAGCUUCAGCUUCAACACAAAAACCAACGAGAAGAACGCCAAGUCCAAAACAAAGAGCCUGCUCAAGAGAAUGGAGAGCCUGAAAAUCAAGAGCUCUCACCAUAGCAAGAGCAAAGCUCCUUCAAAGCUUGGCCUCAUUAUUAGCGGGCCCAUCCUGCAGGAGGGCAUGGAUGAAGAGAAGCUGAAACAACUUAACUGUGUGGAGAUUUCUGCCCUCAAUGGCAAUCACAUCAGCCUCCCCAUGGUACGAAAGAGGAGCGUCUCCAAUUCCACCCAGACCAGCAGCAGCAGUAGUCAGUCUGAGACAAGCAGUGCUGUCAGCACACCCAGUCCCGUCACACGAACACGCAGCCUCAGUGCAUACAAUAAAAGGGUGGGCAUGUACCUGGAAGGCUUUGACCCAUUCAACCAGUCAACGUUCAGUGAUGUGAUGGAGCAGAACUUCAAGAACCGGGGAAGCUUUGCAGAAGACACGGUGUUUUUUAUCCCUGAAGAUCAUAAGCCUGGCACUUUUCCCAAAGCACUCUCCAAUGGCAACUUCUCCCCUACAGAAAGCAACACCUCUGUGAACUGGAGGACAGGGAGUUUCCAUGGACAUGGCCAUCUCGCCCUCCAGAGGGAAAACAGUGGUGACAGCUCCAAAGAGCUGGGCAUGGGGAAAAGGCGCAACUCCUCCAGCUCAGUGAGCAGCCGCCUCAGUAUUUAUGACAAUGUGCCAGGCUCGAUCCUGUAUUCCAGUACAAGUGACCUGGCUGACCUUGAAAAUGAAGACAUAUUCCCAGAACUAGAUGACAUCCUGUACCAUGUCAAAGGGAUGCAGAGAAUAGUAAACCAGUGGUCAGAGAAGUUCUCAGACGAAGGAGACUCUGACUCGGCUCUUGACUCCAUCUCCCCAUGUCCUUCCUCUCCAAAGCAGAUCCACCUUGAUGUAGAUAAUGAUCGAACAACACCAAGUGACCUUGACAGUACAGGGAAUUCACUGAACGAAACAGAAGAACCCCCAGGGAUGCAGGACAGGAGGGACUCUGGCGUGGGUGCAUCACUGACACGGUCCAGCAGGCACAAGCUGAGGUGGCACAGCUUCCAGAGCUCCCACCGGCCCAGCCUCAGCUCCGCGUCCCUGCAGAUCAACUGCCAGUCAGUGGCACAGAUGAACCUGCUGCAGAAGUACUCUCUCUUGAAGCUGACUGCUCUCCUUGAGAAGUACACACCUUCCAACAAGCAUGGUUUCAGCUGGGCAGUACCAAAAUUUAUGAAGAGGAUAAAGGUGCCAGAUUAUAAAGACCGAAAUGUGUUCGGAGUGCCGCUGCAAGUCAACGUCCAGCGCACGGGGCAGCCUCUUCCACAGAGCAUCCAGCAAGCCAUGCGCUACCUCCGCAAUCACUGCCUGGAUCAGGUUGGACUGUUUAGGAAGUCUGGAGUCAAAUCAAGAAUUCAGGCUUUGCGUCAGAUGAAUGAGAAUUCAGCAGACAGUGUCAGCUAUGAAGGUCAGUCUGCUUAUGAUGUAGCAGACAUGUUAAAGCAAUUUUUCCGUGAUCUCCCGGAGCCUCUCAUGACCAACAAACUCUCCGAGACCUUCUUACAGAUAUACCAAUAUGUGCCAAAGGAUCAACGUCUCCAGGCUAUCAAGGCUGCAAUUAUGCUUUUACCCGAUGAGAACAGGGAGGUCCUCCAGAUCCUUCUCUAUUUCCUGAGUGAUGUCACAGCUGCAGUGAAGGAAAACCAGAUGACACCAACAAACCUGGCUGUCUGCUUAGCACCUUCACUCUUCCACCUAAACACUCUCAAAAGAGAGAAUUCUUCCCCAAGGGUGAUGCAAAGAAAACCAAGCCUGGGAAAACCUGAUCAGAAAGACCUAAAUGAAAAUCUGGCUGCAACCCAAGGGCUAGCUCAUAUGAUUGCUGAGUGCAAGAAGCUCUUUCAGAUACCAGAAGAAAUGAGCAGGGGCCGGAACUCCUACACAGAGCAGGACCUGCGUCCCCUCAGCCUGGAGGAGCUCCGGGGCGGCAACGGCACCACAGAACCCUCUGACUACCACUGCUACCUCCAGGACUGUGUGGACGACUUGCUCAAAGAGAUGAAGGAGAAGUUUAAAGGCUGGGUCAGCUGCUCCACUUCAGAGCAAGCAGACCUGGCCUACAAGAAGGCAUGUGAAGGUCCCCCACUACGGUUAUGGAAAGCCACCAUUGAAAUCCCAGCUGCACCAGAGGAUGUUCUCAAUCGUUUGCUUAAAGAGCAGCAUCUUUGGGAUGAAGAUCUUAUAGAUUCAAAAGUAAUUGAACCUUUGGAUAGCCAGACAGAUAUAUACCAGUAUGUGCAGAACAGCAUGGCACCUCACCCAGCCAGGGAUUUUGUUGUCUUAAGAACGUGGAGGACAAACUUCCCCAAAGGAGCUUGUGUGCUUCUGGCAACCUCAGUGGACCACGACCGUGCUCCAGUGGCAGGCGUUAGAGUCAAUGUGCUCCUCUCUAGGUAUCUGAUUGAGCCCUGCGGGUCAGGAAAAUCUAAGCUUACCUACAUGUGCAGAAUUGAUUUAAGGGGCCACAUGCCAGACUGGUACACCAAGUCUUUUGGACACUUGUGUGCGUCUGAAGUCGUAAAGAUACGAGACUCUUUCUGCCAUCAGAGUCUUGAGAACAAGGAAGUAAAAUCCAGGUGACUACUGAAGAGGAACAGCCAUGCGCUCCACACCUCAGCAAUGUAGACAUUACCCAAAACUAAGGCUCAUCCAUUGCAGAUGGGACUAGUGUGCCAUCUGCAAGUCAUGUCAUGAAGGAAUGACAGCAUGAGAACUUGACUGUGAGCAUUAUUAUAGGACUGUGGCCAUACCAUACACUUUAAAGCUGCUUCCUGUCUGUUUAAGGUCUAUAGUGUAGGCCUCGACUGGAAUAUAUAGGAUGACUGUGCAAAAAAAAAAGUAAGGAAAAAAAAGAAAAAUAAUUGUACUAUUUGAUGGUUUGAAUUGCUUCUGAGAAGCAAAAUUCUUUAAAUGCAAAAUAUAUUAUGAAAUAUGGUGAAGGCUCAUCAUUCCCAUGUGAAAUACUUAGCUUUAUGUACAUACCCAUAUCAUUUUAUUUGUAGUGCGUUGAGGGACUGGUGUAUCCACUGGAAUAGUUGGUACUCUUCAAUGUGUUCUCACUGAGAUAAGCAGAGAAAGGUUUGCACAGAGACUGAAGUGUGAAUGAGUGUGUUAAUGGUUGAAAGACUAGUAGAAGAUGAACUUGAAAUGUGUCUGGUACACUGAUAGGCAGCCAGAAUGGAUUUCAGUACGCUGGGUACGGUUCAGCCUAGAAUGGGAUUUCCCUGUGGACCAGGAGUAGCCAUCCUUCCUAUGAACCAGUUCUGCAUUUUCCUCUGCAUUGAAAACCCUAAGCAGAUGUUACAAGAGGCUGGCUCUGAUUACUGUCCACUCCUUAUCCAGAUGAUCUUUUAGAAGUGAUUAGUAAUUUUAUAGCCAUUGUAAGUAAAUAAACUUUUGAGCCACGCAGCAGCUUAGAAAUGAAAUUCCUAUGCAACAGUGAAGAGAGCUGGUAAUGUCAGUUGUUAAUUUGCCAAAAAAAUAUUGUUGUUUUUAUUCCUAUCCGUGUUAACUACAAGUGCUUUUAUAUAUUUUACUGUAUUCUAUUGGCUCAAGAGGAAAAAGUCAACACUGGAGUUGUGCUGGGAGGUGGCAAGACUCCUGCAACAGCAGGUGGGGUGAGGAAGAGUUGCACGAGCUCUCUCCCUUCCUCUCCCUUCUUUGCCUGUUUUGCUAAAAGCUGCACGUUAAUAUGAACAGAACCUGGAUGUGAGCAAUCUGGAGGGUUGUACUUGGGGGCAGAGUGGAGGGUGGGGUUUUCUCUUGGGUUUUGUUGGGUUUUAAACCCUUUGGGAUAUUCCCUUCUCUUUAAGAAUCAACUUGCAUGAACUCUAGGAAGUCUUGAGGUCCUCUGGAUAGGUGUCUUCCCGUAGGUUUUACUGUAAAGGUAAAGAUCUGCUUUUGAGGUGCAGUAUUAAGUGAUAAAUGUAUUUUGUGGCUAGGGUAUGAAUGAGUUGCAAGAUGGAAUUUUGACUGAGACUUUGUUACCAUUGUCAGUAUUAUUUUAAGCUUUUUAAUGAAGAUUUUUUUUUUUAUUAUGGCAAAUAAUGUAGUACUUCCAGUAACAAUGUUCCUCAUGAGUAGGAAAACCUUGUAUAUUCUUCUACAUCAAACACUUUUGAAUUUGUAAAAUUGUAUGUUGUACAUACCAUUCUAUUGUAAACAUGUAUACUUGCCCACAGUGUACUGUCCAACAUAGAUAAAGCAUGAUAAAGAUUAUUUAAAAUAUACCUGUAUUUAUACCUCAGAUAAUCUUUUUUGGGUUUUUGUACCUCAAGUAUGUUUUCUAUUGUAAAUGUGCUUUACAUGACUAUGAUCUACAUGAGAGAAAGGAAAAUGUUUAACGUGCUAUAGAUGUCUGUACAGAAUAUACUCAAUAAGUGCACUAUUAAAUGUUUAAAAUUG